UCGCGGGACCCUGGCGAGGAGCGGAAGCUAGGUUGCUCUGCCGCUUCUGCGAUCGGGCGGCUGUGGCGGCGGCGCGAGCGAGGCUGCGGCGGGGACGGCGGUCGGGGCAGCGGGCGCCGCAGUCGGGGAGCAGCGGUGAGGUUGGCGGCCGCGGGCGGCAGCGCGGAGCGGGCCGGGUCGGGUGACGGAGUGGACGGCGCGUCACGGGUGGCAUUGUGUGUCCCAGUGUGCAAGAAUAGCCCCAGAAGAGGAAAGGCUGAGCCCAGAGCUCUUCAGAGGGAAGAUUCCCUUCCCCCUGCUUCAGGCUGCUGAGCACUGAGCGGCGCUCAGAAUGGAAGCCAUCGCCAAAUAUGACUUCAAAGCUACUGCUGACGAUGAGCUGAGCUUCAAGAGGGGGGACAUCCUUAAGGUUUUGAAUGAAGAAUGUGAUCAGAACUGGUAUAAGGCAGAACUCAAUGGGAAAGAUGGCUUCAUCCCCAAGAACUACAUAGAAAUGAAACCACAUCCGUGGUUUUUUGGCAAAAUCCCCAGAGCCAAGGCAGAAGAAAUGCUUAGCAAACAGCGGCACGAUGGGGCCUUCCUAAUCCGAGAGAGUGAGAGCGCUCCCGGGGACUUCUCCCUGUCUGUCAAGUUUGGAAAUGACGUGCAGCACUUCAAGGUGCUUCGUGACGGGGCCGGAAAGUAUUUCCUGUGGGUGGUGAAGUUUAAUUCUUUGAAUGAGCUGGUGGAUUACCACAGAUCAACAUCCGUGUCCAGGAACCAGCAGAUAUUCCUAAGGGACAUAGAGCAGAUGCCACAGCAGCCGACAUAUGUCCAGGCGCUCUUUGACUUUGACCCCCAGGAAGAUGGCGAGCUGGGCUUUCGCAGAGGAGACUUCAUUCAUGUCAUGGAUAACUCAGAUCCCAAUUGGUGGAAAGGUGCCUGCCACGGGCAGACCGGCAUGUUUCCCCGCAAUUAUGUCACCCCAGUGAACCGGAACGUCUAAGAAGCAAAAGAGAUUAUUUAAAGAAAGUGAAAAGUUGAGACCGUUCACAAGAAUUACACCCACACGCUGCCUGUCACAGCCUGUGAGGGAACGCAGAACACCUGGCUGGGUCCCACGGGCGAGCCUCUCACUUAGGUUGCAACUUUGGGGGGUGGGGAGGGGUGUUUGAUUUCAUAAUGCCAAAACUUAACCUAUUGAAUGAAUUACAAUUUUUAUUACAGAAUCUCGCCGCUACUCCUGUUCCCCUCCUGUGUUCUUUUUCUUUCUUUCCUGUCCAGUGCAUGAUGUUUAAGGCCACAUAUAGUCCAGCUGAUGCCAAUAAUAAAAGAAAAGAAACCAAGUGGGCUGGUAUUUUCUCUAUGCAAAAUGUCUGUGGAGAUGGAUGCACUAAAAGAGCCGGAUUCCUCACACCCAGGGGCAGCCAGUGCUUCUGGGGCCCUGGUUGGGUUUCACCAGAGAUGCCUGAGGGCAUCUGCCUCCAGCCUCAGGCCUGGAGCAUUCCAUCAAAGUUGGAAUUAGCUGAAGGAGGCCCGCUGCCCAUCCUUGGUCUCUUGAGAGUCAGACUGCAGACCUGCCCCUCCCUCCAGUGCUUCUCUUCCGGUGUCUUGAUUUUUUUUUUUUUUUUCUGUAGUGCCUUUGUCUUAUUUCAAGGGUGUUCAUGAGUGGUGUUUGUACCCUUUUUUUUUUUUUUUUUUUUUUUAAUAAAGACAGUCCAGAGCUUUUCAGUUGAUUAGUCUCCUAUCCUGUGUAAAUAUUUUCUUCUCAGGGCAGGGGAAAGAGGACAGAGACAGAGCUGGUAGAAGCAGAGGGUGUGUUUCCAUCUUGACUGGGCCGGAGGUGUGGAAGCUUCAGCUUCUACAUCAUGAGCUGUGACACUUGCGUCAGCUCACACUCAGUGGACAUCAGCGUCCCUGCCCUCCGGGUCACAGUUCCCGCUGCUCUCUCUGUGCCUGGAGCCACCCAGCGUCAGCACAGGGCGCAGAGGAGCCUUGGCACCCUUCACGCUCACCGGCCUCCACGCAGGUGGGAGCUGAAGAGACUGGCCCUUCGCUUCUCUUGCUCUUGCAAUUAAGUCCUCGCUCUCAACUGUGUAUUUUCCCCCUGUCCAAGAGUGCAGAUAGCAGGAUUGUGGGGUCGGUUGCAUCUCUGUUCCCAGUGGGUUGUGUUGGCAACUGCUCUGCCACCCCCAUCCCGUGAAGCCUUCUGAGGUAGGAAAGACCCAGACCCAUGCAGUUUUUAAAUCUUGUCUCUUGUGAGCUCUGUAGUGGUGUGCCUGUACACCACCUCUCUCCACCCAGCCUCCUUCCCACAGCAGAAGCAAGGCUACCCCCAGGCCCUCCCUCGGAGUUGGCGGAGUCUGUGGACUGCUAGGCUCUUGAGGGUGGGGUCUCCCUGGACUUUGUGAGAUGGACUGGAGUCGGCCUUCUGGGCGGAGCGUGCUCCCUCCCCUCCAGGUUCUGCUGCUGCUCUCCCUGCUGAUGACAGAAAUAAUCUCUGGAGUUACACCUGGGCCAUUUGAUUGUUUUAUUUUGGAAUUGGUGUAUAUCAUGAAGCCUUGCUGAACUAAGUUUUGUGUGUAUAUAUUUAAAGAUCAGUGUUUAAAUAAUAAAAAAAACCUAUGUACUUAACUCCUCUAACUUCUGCAGAUAGCAAUUUGGUAGGUAGUGAUUAACUGUGAAUAAACAUACAAUGGAUUCUUAA